AUGGAGAAAUCUCAAGAAGAUCCCAACGUUAGCUCUCCCCAGACAAACCCUCAAGCCGACAGCAAGCCCAAAGAGAACUCUGCCCAAGAUGUCGAAAAAGCAUCUGAUGCUACUCCGACACCUCCUGCAACUGACUAUCCCAGUGGUAUUAACUUGAUCAUUCUCUUUGUGGGCCUCUUUCUUGCUGCCCUUUGCGUCGGCCUCGAUCGUACCGUUGUUGCUACUGCUAUUCCUAAAAUAACCAGCGACUUCAACUCCCUCGACGAUGUGGGCUGGUACGGCUCCGCAUACCUCCUGACCAAUUGCUGCUUCCAACUCUUCUUCGGCAAGCUUUAUGCAGAGUUUCCAGUAAAAUGGGUAUUUCUCACUGCGCUGCUCAUAUUUGAAGUUGGAUCCAUUGUAUGCGCUACGGCGCCGAGCUCGGUCGCUCUGAUUGUAGGAAGAGCAGUGGCGGGAAUAGGAGGUGCAGGGAUCGUUUCUGGAACUCUUAUUAUUCUCUCGAGAUGUCUACCAUUGCACAAACGUCCGAAAUACACCGGCGCCAUGGGUGGCUCUGUGGGCAUCGCUCAAAUCACUUCGCCCACACUCGGAGGCGUCUUCACUGACAAAGUUACUUGGAGGUGGUGCUUCUGGAUCAACCUUCCACUGGGCGCCGUGACCCUACUGACGGUGCUUUUCCUUGUAAAGAUCCCCACUGACCCCAUCCGCAAGACGAAAGGUACAAUUAAGGGGUUUCUCGAUCGAUUCGACCUCAUCGGUACCUUGGUACUUAUCCCUUGGGUCAUCUGCCUUCUCUUGGCCUUGCAAUGGGGUGGAAACCAAUAUUUUUGGAAUUCUUGGAGAAUUAUCCUUCUUCUUAUCCUCUUCGCAGUUCUCUUCAUCCUGUGGGUUUUCAUUCAAUAUAAGCAGGGUGAUAAGGCCACGCUUCCACUGCGUAUUGUCAAGCAGAGGUCCAUGGCUUCUGGGAUGAUAUACAUGUUCUGUCUAUUCUCAGCUUUUUUUGUCAUCAACUAUUACGUUCCCAUCUGGUUUCAGUCCGUCAAGGGCGUUUCGGCAUACAAGUCGGGCAUCUACUUUCUAACAAUGAGCGCUGGUCUAUCUUUGGCUGUUAUAGCCUCAGGGUUCCUAACAACUCGUAUCGGCUAUUUUGUUCCCAACAUGAUCAUGUCAACUAUACUAUCUUCCGUGGGGGCUGGCCUCAUCUACUCAUUUGAUCCCCAUACAAGUACUGGACUUUGGGUUCCAUCUCUCAUCAUUAUGGGCGUUGGUAUUGGUAUCGGCGCUCAGCAGCCUCUCAUGGUCGCCCAAACCGUCUUCAAAGGCCCCGAUAUUGCUCUCUCUACCUCUGCUCUUAUUUUCACUCAGACUCUUGCAGGUACAAUUUUCCUCUCUGUAGCUGAAAAUAUCUUUCAGAAUCAGCUCAUCUCUCAACUACAUAAGAUGGUCCCCGAAAUCGACUCACGCGACAUCAUUGAGACUGGCGCCUCGAGCCUUCGACCAUUUAUCGAAGCCAAGUUUCCCCAGUAUUUAACUGCCGUUUUGACAGCUUACAACAAUGCUAUUCGUCAUGUUCUUCUUCUGUCGGUCAUAUUUGCAUGCCUCAACGCCAUUCCGGACGCAUUUAUGGAGUGGGUAAGCCCAGUGAAGAGAGGAAAGCCAGCAGCCAAGGCAGAUGCAACCGAUGCAAAGACAGCAGAAAACGUCAAAGAAGUAUCUUCUAAUAAGGGCUGUAGUAAAUGA